GUGUAGUUUUGUGCCUAAGACACUGUUUAUGAGCAUCAUACUUACUUUCCAUGUGUCUCGCCUCCUGUCAGAAGUCCUGUGUGACCCGCUGAGUGAUUUUAACGUAUGGACGUCCACUCGGCCCCUCAACAACAGCGCCAAGGGCCACGCAGCCAACGAGAGCGUCGUCAUCGCAGCCACACGGCUCGACGGCAGGUCGUUUUUCUGGGAGCAGGCGCCGUCGGCCGAAGGAACCGUGUCUGGAAUCGUCACCCUAUUGGCCACCAUUCAAGCCCUCUAUCCUGUCACUCAGGAAGCUCCGCCCCCUCACAAUAUCUUCUUCAGCUUCUUCCAAGGGGAAGCCUUUGACUACAUUGGCAGCUCAAAAAUGGUGUAUGACAUGGAAAGAAAUGAUUUUGUUAUUGACUUGAACAAUGUGCACUCCAUGCUGGAAAUUGGGCAGGUUGGUCUGCACAGGGGGCGGAGCCUCUGGAUGCACUCUGACCCCGUAUCCCGCCAAAACAAGAGUGUGGACACACAGGUGUCGGCGAUGAUGAGCAGAGUGCAGUCUGCUGCUGCUGGUCUGAACCUCACAGUGGAUCAGCCGUCGGUCAGUCAGCCGUUGCCGCCCUCGUCCUUCCAGCGCUUCCUGCGAGUCAGAGGGAUCCCAGGCCUCGUGCUGGCAGACCAUAACACCUCAUUCAACAACAGAUACUACGAGAGUCUGUACGACGACGCAGAGAACCUGAACGUCACGUAUCCUCCCGACCUGAGUCCAGACGAGCAGCUGGUGUACGAGACGGACGCGGCCAAGUCUCUGGCUGAAGUGGCCACACUAGUCGCCCGCUCACUUUACAUCCAGGCCGGAGGAGAGGAGAAAAACUUGAACAACAUCACCGCCGACCCCAAGAUCGUCGCUCAGUUGCUGUACGGUUUUCUAAUUCAGAAGAAUAACAGCUGGUUUCGGUCGCUGCUGCCUCCUGAAGUCACUAAGAAAGGAGACAACAGCAUUCUGAGUUCUGGUCCUCCUCAGUUCUACAUCGGUCUUGGUCCUCGCAUCCACGGCCCAGUUCACAGCGUCACGCGCUUCGUUCAGUACAUUCUGGCCAAUCUGACGGGAACCAUCACCAACCUCACGGAGAGCCAGUGCCAGAAUCCCAGCGAGGUCAACACAGAGAACAAAGACUUGUUCUCGUAUUUCUGGGUGUCGGGUCCGGCGUCGGUCAACAGCACCGGAGAGCCGUUCUGCGUCCGAGCGUCUGUGCGUCUCUCCAAAGCCGUCUCUCCUGCCUUCGAGCUUCUGGAGUACGGCUCUCCAAAUUAUUCCACAUGGACCGAGUCCCGCUGGAAGAGCAUCCGAGCGCGCAUCUUUCUGGUGGCCAGCAGAGAACUGGAGAUGUUAACACUGGGGGUGGGCGUGGCCGUGCUGCUGCUGUCUCUAUUGGUUACGUACUUCAUCAGCUCGAAGGCGGAGCUUCUGUUUAGCUCCGCCCGUGAACCGCCCACGACGACCUACUGACCUACUGAACAAAUCCAGAGUCCAGAAUCUCCAGCCGCUCAUUCAUUCACUCAUAAUCCCUACAACACAGAAACACACUUCAGUUCACGACUAAUUUAUUCAAACCUGACCGGAUUCUUGUUGGUUUUGCCACACUGGUUUUAGCUGGGCUGGUCUGAACUGCUCUGGACUCUCCUGGAAAUUUGUUCAUAUUUUUUUUAAUAAUUUUUUUUAUAAUUCCAGAUGUUUUUUCUGAUCAUGACAUGGGCGGGCACAAAACUAAAAGCUGAUUUUAAGUGAUUAAGAUGAGAAUAAGUGUGUGUGUGUGUGUGUGUUUUUGUGACAAAUGAGGACAUAAAUUUGUAUAAUG